AUGAAAAUUCAAUUCCUUUUGGCAUGCAUUGUUCUAGCGUCCACUCAAUCUUCAUUCCUUGAAGAAUCCUUAAUAAACAGAUCGUUUGCCCCCAUGAUGAAUAUACUCAUAGAGAAAUCAACUGAUCCAACUUAAUAAUAAUAAUUAGAAACAGCCACUCCUCCUGAUACACUUCUCACAGCCACCCUUGAUAGUUACAUUGAUGCUUCAAAAUAAUAAUAAAUUCUUAUUGCACAGCAAUAUGAGUAAAAUUUACCAGCCAACGGUGAUUGUAUUAUUCUUUAUGGAGAAUGUGAAUAUAAGGGACCAUCUUUCAAAUAUUGUGAUUAACCAGGAGAAUACAUCAAAUUUGAUAUCCCUGUACAUUCAGUUUACAUCCCUAUUGGAAUGUCACUCAAAAUUAAAGAUGCCCUCUAAGGAAAUAAGCUUAAUUUAAUUUAUAGUCAUGAAUGCAUAUCUGAAGGUAUUCACAUUCCAGAACCCAAAAUUUAUGAGGAUCAUCCAAAUGAAUGGUUUGGUGAAAUUAAAGAAUCUGAAAAAGCUGUUCUAGAUGCUGGAGAACUUGCAACUCCAUAAAUUAAAUAUUAUGACAAUGAUGGAAAGGUCAUUUCUAAAGAAGAAUACUAAAAAUUAGUCGAAGCUGAUAUAUAGAGAUCCCAUAAUUUCUAUCUUGGAAUUGUAGAAUAGCCAGAUUAUUCUUAACCAUAAUAAUAAACAGAAUCUAAUGAAUGAAAUAUUCACAUAGUAAACAUAAAUUAAUAUAAUUUCCCUUC